AUGCCCUUGUGGUAUUAUGAUAAAAAAGAUCUAAAAUCAACACCAUCUAUUCAUGAUGGUGUUGAUGCCGAAACUGAACAACGUUAUCGACGCGAAGGUUGUCGUUUUAUCCUUGAUCUUGGUUUUCGACUUGGCUUACGAUCGGAAACAAUGGGUACUGGAGCUGUUUUUUUUCAUCGUUUUUAUAUGUUUCAUUCAUUUAAACAAUAUCCAAGAUAUGCAAUGGCAACAUGUUGUUUAUUUUUAUCUGGUAAAGUUGAAGAAACACCAAAAAAAAUUCGUGAUAUAAUGAAAACAGCACGAUUAAUACUUGAAGGUGCUCGUGAACGUUAUAUACCAACAUUAGGUGAUGAAAAAGGAGAUUUAAUCUUACAAUAUGAACGUAUUUUAUUACCAACUGUUAAAUUUGAUUUUUGUAUUGCAAGUCCGUAUUCGUUUCUUAAACAAUACGCAAAAACAAUUGUAGGUGAUAAAGAACAAAUACGACAAAUGUUUCAAAUGGCUUGGACAUUUGUUAAUGAUAGUUAUUGUACAACAUUAUGUUUACAAUGGGAACCAGAAAUCAUUGCAAUAGCUGUGUUAUAUCUAGCUUGUAAAUUAUCAAAAUUUGAAAUAACAGAUUGGACAACAAAAAAAGAAAAUAGUAAACAAAAAUGGUGGGAACAAUUUGUUGAAGGUUUAACAAAAGAUAUUAUUGAAGAUAUUUGUCAUCAACAUCUUGAUCUUUAUUCAAAAAGUAAUUUAUCAUCUCCAGGAAAUGGAACAGUUGGUAAUCCAUCAAUUAUGCUUACACCAACACAAACAAAUUCAACUGUCACAUCACCUAUACAACCGAUUUCUAUUGAAUCGCCGUCAACAUCGCGAUCAAUGCCAUCAGCUAAACGACCACGUAAUGAUGAUGAAUCAAAUUAUCGAUCAUCACGCAAUAAUAAUCAUCAUCAUUCAUCAUUUUUAAAUUCAAAUAUUGGAGGUAUUCCAACGAAUUUGACUGUACCACCAUUACCUUCUUCAACAUCUUAUCAUCAUCCAAUAAUAUGUUGUUCAAUUGUAAAAAUACCACCUGAUCGUAAUGAUCAAUAA